UUGGAUGUCCCACAUUUUCCAGGGAACUCAUCAUUCAGUUCACAGCUGAACAACACCAUCCGGCCGUCUACAGUCUAUACCGUACCUGAUCCGUGCGUCUGUUUUUCUUCCGAUCCUGCAAUCGGCCCUGGCAUUUUACUCCUCCAGGUCAAAGCUGCGUUAAAAAAAGAAGCUCCGCCUCGUUGCACUCGAAUCUGCCGCCAAGUAUAAAAUACAACCCGGUAGGUCGCGUCGCGUCAGAGUACAAACGGCCUGCAUCCAUCACCUGUAUGAUAUAAUCUAGUGUCAAUUAAUUGUUUCGUUUGAACAGGAUAAAUACAUUCCAAUCGAGAUGUGGAAAGCUGACUGGAAAUGGCACCUAGUGGUGGUUGUGCAACUGUUGUUGAUUUUACAUGGAGUUGAAAUGCAGCAGCAACAACAAGCUACGCAGAGAUUUCAGCAACAACAACGUGAAAUUGGAUCUGAACAGAAACCUCAGAUUUACUGGGCCACAAGUAUUAAUUCUAAUAGCAACAGCAAUAAGAGAUUCCAGCAGGCCAACGAAUGGGAUGCAGUAGCUCAAAAGAAUUACCUCGAUCGACAAUGGGGAGUUUCAGCCCCCGCUCCAGCUCCAGCUCCAGCUCCAGCUCCAGCACCAGCUCCAGCUCCAGCCCCAGCUCCUUACUCACCUCCAGCACCACCUGCAUCAACUGCUCCACCAGCACCGGUGUACGCUCCCCCACCAGCACCUGUGUACGCUCCUCCACCAGCACCAGUAUAUGCUCCAGCUCCUACAUCUCCUCCGUAUCAACCAUAUCCUCCAGCAUACCCUGAUCCAUCUCCUCCAGCGUACCCUGAUCCAGCUCCUCCGGCAUACCCUGAACCAGCUCCUCCAGCCUACAAUCCCGCUCCACCUCCGGCCUACGAACUGCCUUCCUAUGGCCCACCUCCUCCAGCAGGACCAUAUUACUAUUACGCUCCAGUCAAGGAAACCAAAGAAAAAGGCCCCUCAAUUAAAGAUAUGCUGGACAUGGAUAAAGAAGCUUUCGCCACCAUGUUGCCUGAUCAUAAGAAAAAUCUUACCAACGAACAGAAGAUUUGGCUUUCCGUACUAACACCACUGAUUAUCGUAGCUCUAGUCGUACCGCUGGCAGCCAUUCUCCUUUCUAGUUUCACCAUCACCACUAACGGACGCAAGUUUGGAGAGCUGAACAUAAGCACAAUGAAGAAAAGCCUUAGGGACAUUGUGGAGAGCUAUGGUUCAGUCCUGGAAACGGACGAAUGCAUGCAACGCAUCAUCUGCGAUCUUGGUUCCUAUGCAACGGCUGUUCCGGGAAAUUCUGUCAUUCUAACGUUCCUGUCGACACUUGUACCAGACACGAUGAAGAAUAACAUGGCUAUUUUCCAAAAGGCAGUCACUUACGGCGCUGACAAGGCCCAGUGUGAUAGUUUCAAAUGUUCUCUGUGGAAGUACUAACCUUUUGGCGGAAACAAACAAAAACUUGGCUGCUCGGAGAUAAUAUCUUCGUAUUCGAUUGCCUACGGCUUUCGAUAAGUCGCCAUAUUCAUUAUUUAUUAUUCAACCUAUUUGUCUGAAAUUUGAAUUGUUAAUAAUAAAAAGGGGAAAACAA